AUGAAUAACGCAGCAGAAAUCCUAAAGUCAGUCCAGAUUGGUUUGGAUGUCGCCACAUUUCUCCUUAACACUGAUCGUGGCCUACAAGCGACCGAGUUAUGUAAUGAAUGUUUAUCUCUACUUCACAAGCUUGACUCUGGUAUUAACCUUGAUCAUGAUAUCUCUGAUGUAUUAUUCAAUUCGUACUACGCCACGUCUGGUUACACAAAUGCAGCACGAUACACCACAAAACUUAUUGAAAAGUUUUUCCUCGCUGGAAAACUAACCAUACAACUGGGAGACAAAUACGAGGCAAAAUAUUGGUUUGCAGAGGCAAAGCAACUUUGUAAAAGCGCUCUUACCAUCAUGAAAGCGAUUGGCCACCGUAGAGGAGAGGUAGUGGCUUACGCGAGACUUGGAUCUCUUUGUUUUAUCCUCAGCGAGUAUCUAAAGGCGAAAGAAUAUUGUGAGAAAGCAAUUGCCAUCGCAAUAGAAAUCGGCGACAGAAAUGGAGAAGGAAGAACAUACGGGAACCUCGGAGGUGUGUUUAAAUCCCUUGGCGAAUAUCAGAAGGCCAAAGAAUAUUACGAGAAAGCAAUUGCCAUCGCGAUAGAAAUCGGCGACAGAAAUGGAGAAGGAAGAACAUACGGGAACCUCGGAGGUGUGUUUGAAUCCCUUGGCGAAUAUCAGAAGGCCAAAGAAUAUUACAAGAAUGCAAUUGCCAUCGCGAUAGAAAUCGGCGACAGAAAUGAAGAAGGAACAACAUACGGGAACCUCGGAGGUGUGUUUCAAUCCCUUAGCGAAUAUCAGAAGGCCAAAGAAUAUUACGAGAAUGCAAUUGCCAUCGCGAUAGAAAUCGGCAACAGAAAUGGAGAAGGAAGAACAUACGGGAAACUCGGAACUGUGUUUCAAUCCCUUAGCGAAUAUCAGAGGGCCAAAGAAUAUUACGAGAAAGCAAUUGCCAUCGCGAUAGAAAUCGGCGACAAAAUUGGAGAAGGAAGAACAUACGGGAGCCUCGGAGCUGUGUUUCAAUCCCUUGGCGAAUAUCAGAAGGCCAAAGAAUAUUACAAGAAUGCAAUUGCCAUCGCGAUAGAAAUCGGCGACAGAAAUGGAGAAGGAAGAACAUACGGGAACCUCGGAGAUGUGUUUAAAUCCCUUGGCGAAUAUCAGAAGGCCAAAGAAUAUUACGAGAAAGCAAUUGCCAUCACGAUAGAAAUCGGCAACAGAAAUGGAGAAGGAAGAACAUACGGGAACCUCGGAGCUGUGUUUGAAUCCCUUAGCGAAUAUCAGAAGGCCAAAGAAUAUUACGAGAAAGCAAUUGCCAUCGCGCUGGAAAUCGGCGACAGAAAUGGAGAAGGAGCAACAUACAGGAACCUCGGAGAUGUGUUUCAAUCCCUUGGCGAAUAUCAGAAGGCCAAAGAAUAUUACAAGAAAGCAAUUGCCACCGCGAUAGAAAUCGGCGACAGAAAUGGAGAAGGAACAACAUACGGGAACCUCGGAGGUGUGUUUAAAUCCCUUGGCGAAUAUCAGAAGGCCAAAGAAUAUUACGAGAAUGCAAUUGCCAUCGCGAUAGAAAUCGGCGACAGAAAUGGAGAAGGAACAACAUACGGGAACCUCGGAGCUGUGUUUCAAUCCCUUGGCGAAUAUCAGAAGGCCAAAGAAUAUUCCGAGAAGGCAAUUGCCAUCGCGAUAUGUGACGAUAAGGUUUUCGCCCAAACUGGAGGACUGAAUCUUCGCGGACGGCACAAUAACAACUGGGGGGAAUAACUCUGUAGAGACGACUCGGCAGCGAGAACGGAAACUCGUCACGAUUUCCUGGUACACGGAGAUCUGCUUCGAGCGAGCUUAUACGGACGUCAAGGAUAAGACAAUCUUUGGUUCCACAGUACUUUUAUUCUAGGUCAGGCCAACAAGCGACAUGACCUCUAGCAUACUCUCGUUUGUAAUCAUCAAAGCUGUACAAGGUACUUGCUUAAGAAGUAACUGGUGCGAAGUGCUAUUGUUACACGAAUCGCAAUAUUUGGACAAGGACACAAAGGAGCGGAAAAAAGUCUCUUUGAAGCUAAACAAAAAACUACUUAAAUAUUCCAUCUGUUUCCACGACGGAAAGAAUCUCAAAAUUAAAAAGACGGAUGCAAUAAACUUUAGGCCAUUAAAGUAGGAAACCUAGGUGCGAAUUUUACAGCUCUGAUAUAGAAAACAAUACCUAUCUUAAUUGCAGCAGCGCAGCUUAGGAAAUAGAAAACGGAAAAGCAAUUAAAAGUUUCUGCUUAUUUAUACAAGAUUGGUUUGGAAACCAUUGCAUGAAAAGAAAUUAGAUUUACGCGUAUAAACUCAGCUGCUAUCUACCAUGAAAACCAAUGUUUCCAGAAAGACCAUUAACACUUAUAUUUACCUAAAAAACCCAUGUACUAGAUGACAAAAGUGCCGACAAGCAGGUGCAUAGUAAAAGCGAGUAAUCGAUAAAAAUCUAUUCUAAAAGCCACUGUGGUUUUUUUAUGCAUAUUUUUGAUUUAUUGAAAUGAAAGGACUUGAAAUGGUUAAAUGUAAAAGUUUACGAAUAAAUAUGCUCCGAAUAACACACACGGGAAAAUCAGUAAAUUUUCCCGUAACAGAUAGAAAUAGGCGACAGAAAUGGAGAAGGAACAACAUACAGGAAACUCGGAGAUGUGUUUCAAUCCCUUGGCGAAUAUCAGAAGGCCAAGGAAUAUUACAAAAAAGCAAUUGCCAUCGCGAUAGAAAUCGGGGACAGAAAUGGAGAAGGAACAACAUACGGGAGCCUCGGAGCUGUGUUUCAAUCCCUUGGCGAAUAUCAAAAGGCCAAAGAAUAUUACAAGAAAGCAAUUGCCAUCGCGAUAGACAUCGGCGACAGAAAUGGAGAAGGAGCAACAUACGGGAACCUCGGAGCUGUGUUUCAAUCCCUUAGCGAAUAUCAGAAGGCCAAAGAAUAUCACGAGAAAGCAAUUGCCAUCGCGAUAGAAAUCGGCGACAGAAAUGGAGAAGGAAGAACAUACGGGAACCUCGGAGGUGUGUUUCAAUCCCUUGGUGAAUAUCAAAAGGCCAAAGAAUAUUACAAGAAAGCAAUUGCCAUCGCGAUAGACAUCGGCUACAGAAAUGGAGAAGGAGCAACAUACGGGAACCUCGGAACUGUGUUUCAAUCCCUUGGCGAAUAUCAGAAGGCCAAAGAAUAUUACAAGAAAGCAAUUGCCAUCGCGAUAGAAAUCGGCGACAGAAAUGGAGAAGGAACAACAUACGGGAACCUCGGAGCUGUGUUUGAAUCCCUUGGCGAAUAUAUGAAGGCCAAAGAAUAUUACGAGAAAGCAAUUGCCAUCGCGAUAGAAAUCGGCGACAGAAAUGGAGAAGGAACAACAUACGGGAACCUCGGAGGUGUGUUUAAAUCCCUUGGCGAAUAUCAGAAGGCCAAAGAAUAUUACGAGAAAUCACUUGCCAUCGCAAAAGAAAUAGGAGACAGAGAAAAGGAAUGUGCAGGAUACUUAGCCCUUGGAGACGUUUACCGCAGGCUUAGGAAAUAUCGUCAAGCUAAAGAAUAUUUCGACAAAGCACUCAGCAUCAAUACAGCAAUUGGACAAAGAAUAAUUGAAGGAUGCGCUUCCAUAGGUUUGGCAGCAGUGUUCGCUUUUAUCAAUGACAAUCAGAAAGCAAAAGAACAUUCUCAGAAGGCGCUCACCAUCAGCAAGGAAUGUGGCAAUAAAGCUAUGGAAGGACGAAGUUACCUCAACCUCGGAAAUCUAUCUCGAUCGCUUGGUGAAUGCGACGAGGCAGAAGAUUACUUAGAGAAAGCUCGCUACAUAAGCAGUAGAAUUGGAGACAGACUGACUGAGUUUAAAAGCCUUCUCAGCAUCACACAGUUAAAGGUAUCGCAAUCACAGGUUAUGGAGGCAAAGGAACAUCUCCUUCAAUGUAUUGGAAAAUAUGAACAAUUGAGGAGUUUUCUUAAAGGAAAUAAAGAGUUUGAAAUAUCUCUGUUAGAAGAGCACGGUCGUUUUCCUUAUCACUUGCUCACUAGCUUGCUUUGCAGUACUGGCAAAUUUCAAGACGCUCUUUAUGUCGAGGAGCUGAGACGAGCGAGAGUCCUCGUAGAAUGCAUGGCAGAGAAGUUCUCCGUUGAAAGCCACAUCUCAGCUGAUCCACAAUCAUGGUUCGGGAUUGAAAACAUUGUGAAGAAUGAGAGUAACUGUGUCUUUUUGUACAUAUUGUAUGCUAGGCGGCAAGUUUGUCUCUGGGUUUUGAAAGCAAAUGGAGACAUUUCCUUUCGAGUCACCGACCAAGUCAAAGACAGCACUCUCAUUCCUGAGAAAGUUUGCAACGUGGAGGGAAUUUUCAAAAAGAGCGCCGCCAGCUUUGGCGUUUUAUUCACAGCGAAUUGCGAAGAUCGAUCUUUGGAUGGCAACGUAACGACAUCUCUUUUUGAAGAGAGCCGAGCAACUUUGCGCGGUGACGAAAGCAAAGAAACCGAAAGAAUUCAUCAUUUGUGUUACAAAUGGAUCAUCGCUCCUGUGGUAGAUUUACUUACAGAGCCUGAAAUCAUCAUUGUGCCGUAUCGUUUCUCGUAUCGAGUCCCAUUUGCUGCCUUGCGUGAUGGAGCAGCCGGAAAGUAUCUAUCAGAGACUUACAGAAUCCGUAUCAUCCCUUCCCUAACGACCCUCCGCCUCAUUCAAGAUUGUCCAGCGGAUUAUCACAGUGAAACUGGUGCACUUGUAGUGGGUGAUCCUACGGUUGGCCAGGUGUAUUACAAUGGACGUGUCGCUAACUUUGUACCAUUGUCCUGUGCUAGAGAGGAAGCAGAGAUGGUUGGUCGACUGUUGGGAGUUCAGCCUUUGUUGGGAGAGUCUGCAACUAAGCAGGCAGUGCUUCAAGCGAUACCUUCAGUGAGUCUCAUACAUGUUGCCGCACAUGGAAAUGCCGAAAGAGGAGAGAUUGCCCUGUCGCCUAAAUGUCCUAAAUGUACCACCAACAGUUUUCCACAAGAAGAAGACUACCUCUUGACAAUGUCCGACAUUUUCGGAGCUCAAGUGCGAGCAAAACUGGUUGUAUUGAGCUGUUGUCACAGUGCGCGUGGAUUGGUCAAAGCCGAAGGAGUUCUUGGAAUCGCUCGUGCAUUCUUAGCAUCCGGUGCACGUUCAGUGUUGGUAGCAUCGUGGGCCAUAGAAGACGAAGCAACGGAGCAGCUCAUGAAUCAGUUCUACAAGCACCUUGUUCGUGGAGAAAGUGCCAGUGAAUCUCUUCACCAGGCCGAAAAAUGGUUGAGAAGCAACGGCUUUCCCAAACCUAAUCAAUGGGCUCCAUUUGUGCUAAUGGGAGACAACGUGACGUUGGAUUUUACAUACAUCGGGUAG